AUGCGGUUUUAUAAUCUGCUUUCUGCCGGGCUCUUUGGGCUUGCGCAGGCCAAUGCCCAUCGUCAUGCUAUGCUCCACCGCCGAGCAUCUUGUGAUGGAAACACCGCUUCCACUAGAUCAACCUGGUGUGACUACUCCAUCGACACUGAUUAUUCCACUGAAGUGGUUGACACUGGUGUCACCAAGGAGUAUUGGUUAGAGCUGACUGACGUUACUGUUGCUCCCGAUGGCUACUCACGCUCCGCCAUGGCCGUCAACGGUACUAUUCCGGGCCCUACACUGUUUGCUGACUGGGGUGAUACUGUCGUGGUUCAUGUUACCAAUUCUUUGACCACAUCCCUCAACGGUACCAGCAUGCACUGGCACGGUAUCCGUCAAAACUACACCAACCAAUACGAUGGUGUUUCAUCUAUAACCGAGUGUCCCCUUGCAGUUGGAGAGACCGUGACCUACACCUGGAAAGCUACCCAGUAUGGUUCAACAUGGUACCAUUCGCAUUGGGCUCUCCAGGCUUGGCAAGGUAUCUUCGGCGGUAUUAUUAUCAACGGUCCCGCCACUGCAGACUACGAUGAAGAUCUCGGCAUGGUCUUUCUGAACGAUUGGGAUCAUCAGACCGUUGAUGAGCUCUACUACUCAGCUGAGACAAAUGGACCCCCCACGUUGGACAACGGAUUGAUCAACGGCACUAACGUGUAUGGCGACGACGAUGACUCGUCCCAGACUGGUUCCCGCUUCAACGUGUCGUUCGAAUCUGGUACAUCUUACCGUAUGCGAUUGGUCAAUGCUGCAGUUGACACGCAUUGGAAGUUCUCCAUCGACAACCAUACCAUGACAGUCAUUGCAGCAGAUCUGGUACCGAUCGAACCAUAUGAAACAACGGUACUUGACAUGGGCAUGGGUCAGCGAUACGAUAUCAUAGUCACCGCGGACCAAGCUGACGUUGCCGACAAUUUCUGGAUGCGUGCUAUUCCCCAAUCGGCAUGCUCAGACAACGACUCGACAGAUAAUAUCAAGGGUAUCGUCUACUAUGGAGACAGCCCUGACACGCCCUCUACAACCGCAUACGAUUACACAGAUGGCUGUGACGACGAAACAGACAAUCUCGUACCUUACAUCUCCAAAACCGUUGAUGACGCGAACUGGAGCGAUCUCGAGACAGCAACAGUUGGAAAGAACACAGCUGGUCUGUUCAAGUGGCAGCUCAACAGCACCAGCAUGCUUAUGGACUGGGCAAACCCAACUCUGGCUCAGAUUAUGAAUGGCACAACUGAGUUCGAGACAGAUGAUGCAGUCAUUGAGUUGAGUGAGGCAAGUCAGUGGGUCUACUUUGUAAUCGAGACUUCCUUGGCAGUCCCGCAUCCCAUUCACCUCCACGGCCAUGACUUUUCCAUUCUGGCUCAAGGAACUGGCACGUACUCGUCUUCUGUGACUCUGAACACGAGUAACCCACCUCGUCGCGACACGGCCAUGCUUCCAGGAAACGGAUAUCUCGUCAUGGCAUGGGAAACAGACAAUCCUGGUGUAUGGCUAUGUCAUUGUCAUAUCGGUUGGCAUACUUCUGAGGGGUUUGCUCUACAGUUUAUUGAGCGCGCGAGCGAGAUUCCUGAUAUUACUACAUCAAGCUAUGUUUCUGAUGUCUGCGAUAGUUGGACUACCUUUCAGAGUGAGAACUCGAUUGAGCAGGAGGACUCUGGCGUUUAA